AUGUUGGUAUAAAUAAAAUAACGUGAAACCCUGUUGCCACUGGUUGCCACAGAAGCAACUGGUAGGAGUUAUAGCAUUUCUUGCGGAUCCUCGCAUGUGUUGUUGGUUCCGUCGCGGAAUAGAAGCAUUGGAUUCCUGAACAUAUGUUAGUUAUUAACGUUACGGUAUAGAAAUGGCAGGAUUUGGUGAUGAAAUAUUCAACGUAUUUGACGAAGAAAGUGACGAGAAGUCAAAAUCACCAAGAAAAUCAACUGCAAAGAGGCCCAAAAUAUCUGAUGACUCUGAAAAACUUCCCGAAAAGAAGCAAAAAUGUGAAGAGGAAGAAGAUGAGACUAAAAUCCGCGAUGAAACAGAGAAAUUGAGUGAACUACCGCCUCCACCAAAAGACGAAGUAGAAGACUUUUCCAGCCUUUUGGAAGCAUUGCCAAAAGUUGAAACGAAAUCUAUGGAGUCGUUAAUCACUGGAUGCACACAUGAAGUUGCGUUUCAAUCUGGAUCAGAUGUCCCUCGCUUGCUACCAAAAGCUGCAGAGCCAGCCAAAGAGUAUAAGUUUAUUCUGGAUCCUUUCCAACAAGAGGCUUUAUUGUGUCUUGAUAACAAUCAGUCUGUUCUUGUAUCUGCUCAUACCUCUGCUGGGAAAACAGUAGUAGCUGAAUAUGCCAUUGCAAUGUGCCUACGUGACAAGCAACGUGUUAUAUAUACAACUCCAAUCAAAGCUCUUAGUAAUCAAAAGUACAGAGACCUCUAUGAGGAAUUUUCAGAUGUUGGUUUGAUGACCGGGGAUGUUACCAUUAAUCCAACAGCAUCUUGCCUUGUUAUGACCACGGAGAUUUUGCGGAGUAUGUUAUACCGUGGAUCAGAAGUUAUGCGGGAGGUUGCGUGGGUGGUAUUUGACGAGAUCCAUUAUAUGAGGAACAAGGAAAGAGGAGUAGUUUGGGAGGAGACUAUCAUCCUCCUCCCAGAUAAUGUUCGUUAUGUUUUCCUCUCUGCCACGAUUCCGAACGCUCGGCAGUUCGCAUCAUGGAUUUGUCACCUUCAUAAACAGCCGUGCCAUGUGGUGUAUACUGACUACCGACCGGUGCCACUUCAACAUUACAUCUUCCCUGCUGGGGGGGACGGACUUCAUCUGGUUGUGGAUGAUAAUGGUGACUUUCGAGAGGAUAAUUUCAACACAGCAAUGGCGGUGUUACGUGACGCAGGAGAUAAUGCUAAAAGUGAUUUUAACAGACGAGGAAAGCAGGGUGGACAACGUGGCAAGAGCGGUUGUAUUCAAAUAGUUGAACUUAUCAUGGAAAGAAAAUUUCUUCCAGCAAUUGUUUUUUCAUUCAGUAAAAAGGAAUGUGAAUUCUAUGCAAACCAAGUACAAAAACUCAAGUUCAAUUCAACUGAGGAGCGAAAAUUAGUUCAAGAAGUUUUCGACAACGCAAUGGACUCACUUUCGGAGGAAGAUCGCCGGCUCCCUCAAGUGGAGGCUUGUUUACCGUUCGUGUUGAACGGAAUCGGAAUCCAUCAUGGUGGACUUCUUCCUAUUAUUAAGGAAACAAUUGAGAUUCUGUUUUCAGAAGGAUUAAUAAAGGUUCUAUUUGCCACUGAAACAUUUUCAAUGGGUGUUAACAUGCCAGCUCACACUGUUGUUUUUACAAGUAUACGGAAGUUUGAUGGCAAAGACUUCAGAUGGAUUACUGGUGGGGAGUAUAUACAGAUGAGUGGAAGAGCGGGGAGGAGAGGAAUGGAUGAGAACGGCCUCGUAAUCAUGAUGGUUGAUGAAAAAUUAUCCCCCAGUGUUGGGAAGGCAUUAGUAAAGGGUUCCCCUGACCCACUUGAUUCAGCCUUCCGUCUAACAUAUAAUAUGGUUCUUAACUUGCUCCGUGUGGAAGAAAUCAACCCAGAAUAUAUGCUGGAAAAAUCUUUCUAUCAAUUCCAACACUACACUGCAAUACCUGAGAUGUUGGAAAAUGUGUCCAAGUUAGAAACAGAAUAUUCUGAAAUGAAGAUCAAAAAUGAAGAAGAGUCGAUGACAUAUUACCGCAUUCGGCAGCAACUAAACAAACUCGCAUCACAACUGGAGGAGUUUGUUCAUCUUCCCAAAUUUUGUCUCCCGUUUCUGCAACCGGGUAGGCUUGUAAAAGUUCGUAAUGGUGAGCAUGAAUUUGGAUGGGGUGUGGUCGUCAACUUUCAAAAAAAGCAACCAAAGUCGAGCGGUCCCAUGCGUGGUGGUGAUGAACCACAACCUGAAUAUGUUGUGGAUGUGUUACUUAACUGUGACAAGGAAGGGUUACAUUCAGUCGCUGUGAGGUUGCCACGGCCAGCAAAGGACUCCUUGAAAAGUGAAAUGGCCGUAGUCCCAAUAAUGCUGCCGUUAAUAAAAGCCCUUAGUUCUGUGAGACUGUUUCUUCCUAAAGACCUCAGACCGUUGGAUAAUAGACAAUCACUGCUUCGUGCAUUGGAGGAAGUAAAAAAGAGAUUCCCGGAUGGGAUUCCUCUGCUCGAUCCAGUUGAGGACAUGUCAAUCAAAGAUGAUCGAUUGAAAUCAAUUGUAAAGAAGACGGAAGCUUUUGAGAGAAGAAUGUAUAAACAUCCUCUUCAUACAAGAUCAGAUGUCACUCAAGUUUAUCAGCUUUGCGAGAAUAAAACAAAAUUGGCGAAUAAAGUAAAAGAAGCAAAACGAGCGUUGAAAAAAGCGCGCACCAUAUUACAAAUGGAUGAAUUAAAAUGUCGGAAACGUGUUUUACGACGACUUGGUUACGCUACUAUGUCCGAUGUUAUUGAAACAAAAGGUCGAGUUGCUUGCGAGAUAAGUGCAGCCGAUGAAUUGUUGUUAACAGAGUUAAUUUUCAACGGAGUAUUCAACAAUCUUACCCCUGCCCAGUGCGCUGCUUUGCUCUGUUGUUUUGUAUUUGAUGAAAAGUCGAAAAGCAUUCCAAAACUCAGUGAAGAACUCGCCACUCCGUUACGACAACUACAUGAAACUGCACGAAAAAUUGCAAAGGUUUCUAAUGAAUCAAAACUUGUUCUUGAUGAAGAAGAAUAUGUUCAAAAGUUUAAAACAAUGUUAAUGGAUGUUGUCCAUUCAUGGUGCAAUGGAUCAUCAUUCGCAAAGAUCGCAGAAAUGACCGACGUUUUUGAAGGAAGCAUCAUAAGAUGCAUGAGAAGGUUGGAGGAAUUGCUCCGAGAGAUGUGUCACGCUGCCAAAGCCAUCGGUAACACUCAUCUUGAGAACAAAUUUUCCGAAGGAAUUCAACUUAUUAAGCGUGACAUCAUUUUCGCAGCCAGCUUGUAUUUAUAAACAAUUUCUAAAUAAAGAUCCCUCCUUGUUUA